AUGGUCGCUCUCGAUAUCGUCCGCGCCUCCAAUCGGUCAUUGAAGUCCCGGAUCCCUGGGAUCACAGCCUUAUUCGUCGGCGGCACCAGCGGCAUUGGGCGAAGCACUCUCCUCCAAUUAGCACAUCAUGCCCACGAACCCAAGGCAUACAUCGUCGGACGCAAUGCGGCAAAUGCCUCGCCGUUGCUGUCCGAGCUGCGCAAGAUCAAUCCCUCUGGCGAAUUCAAGUUCAUCGAGGCCGAUGUUUCAUUGAUCUCGAACGUCGAUAAGGCUUGCGCAGAGCUGAAGCGAGAUGUCAAAGCAUUGGACCUCGUCUUCAUGACACCGGGUGGGAUUUCGUUAUCGGGACGGAGAGAGACUCCCGAACACAUCGACCACCUCUUUGCAUUACGCUACUAUUCCCGAAUGCGCUUCAUCCAGCAACUCUCGCCCCUCUUGAGGGAGAGUCCACUUUCCCGCGUCGUCAGCGUCUUCGGAGGCGGUUUCGAGUACGGCCUGAAGCGAGACGAUCUGGACCUGAAGAGGAACUACUCCAUCCUCAACUGUGCCUUGAAUUCAGUCACGAUGACCACACUCUCCAUGGAACAUCUGGCUCAAGUCCCAGAGAACGAAAAUCUCAACUUCAUCCAUCUCUACCCCGGACUCGUCGGCACAAACAUCUACACGAACAGCUUCCCUGCACCGAUCGCGGCGUUGUACAACUAUGGAAUGUGGCCGUUCAUGUGGCCGUUCUCCGUCAACCUCCGGGAAAGCGGGGAGCGGAAUCUCUACUUGGCGACGUCGGAACGAUACGCUCGUCGCACAGGCAAUUCCACAAGAGGAGUUUCAACAGAUCGCGUCGAUGCAGCAAUUGGGUCGGACGGUCGCUCGGGUAGUGGCGUCUACCUCGCCAAUUGGAAAGGGGAGACGAGCGUUGGCGGCAAGACUUUGCAGACGUUGCGGUCUCAAGAUGUUGCCAGGGAGGUCUGGCAGCAUACCGAAGCUUUGAUAGAUGCUGCACCACGGUCGUAG